UAGGCGCGAUAUGUGAACGGCCCCGUAAGGGCUCGGUGAGGAGCGUGAAGCGCUACCAUAGUGCAUUGUUCAGCUUCAACCCUAAUCCACCACACUUGGACCAGCUAAUCAAGGUGUUCCGGACUGCUUAAUUACAGCCAGGUGUGUUGAAGCAGGGUUAAGGUAGCUCUUCAGGAGCAAGGUUAGAGAACCCUAGUCUUUACUGAGUAAUUAAAGACAGCUCAUUAGCUCUUUAUUUUUAUCUCUGUUGUGCUUGGUCCCUUAACUACUGCUUGCAGCUAUAUUUCACAUUAUUCUCAUUAUUCAAGAUGUUUAUUCUCACAGACCGUUAAACUUUAUAUGAAGGGCUGUGUUUGUCAGAACGCCGCCCACAGAAAACGUAGUACACAGUUUCACUGACAUCUUACCCCAGUCUCAGCGCAGAACUUGAGGAGAAAAAUGCUUGAUCAGUUUCUAUGAGUAAUAACUCCAUUAAAGCAAUAGUUAAAUGUGGCUAACUUUAAACUGUUGCUUUUGGGCAGAAUACCAGUCCAUAAUCCAUAAUAACAUUUCCUCAGUGAAAAGUUAAUCCUUUUGUCCUUUUCACAUAUUUGUUGGCCUGUUUUGAAUUGUUUUCACUUGUAAACUGUAAUCUGUGCAUAUAUCUCUCCUGAUUCAGGUGAGAUGACUUUUUCACUGAAGAGGCAACGUAAUGGAUAGAGGACCCAUAUUUUUAGUUAAACUGCAGCAUACUAGGCCAGCAGUGAAACUGUCAAUAUAUUUAUGUAAAUACUGUCCACAUUUACAGUAAGUGCUUAAUAUUUCUAUGUGUUGCAGUUUGCACCCACAAGGAGGUAACAGUGCCUGACAGGAUGCACCUGUAAUCAGAUCUCUCACAGACACUAGAAUUGCUUUCUAAGCACGCUGUGCCGCAUAGACUCUGAAGAUGUUUUGUUUCUUUCAUGGGGAUUGCAGAUCAAAAAGAAAGAGAGUUCUAAAAGAUGUCAAGGUGAAACCCAACAGCAGCCACUAAAACUUCUAAUGGUAGACGCCCUUCCUCAACUGACUUGACUGAGUUAGUGAAUGGUAAAUUAGGCCAAAUGUGUUGUCACCAGCAAACCAGGCAGGCAUAAAGGAAAUUUUAUGAUGCUGAAUCGCAAGAUAACGUCCCAGACCCAAUGUCUGAACUUUUACCUGACAGUGUCCUCUUGGAGUAUCUGGAGUCUUUUGAAGAUGAUUUCGAUCCCAACUUCUUCGAUAACUUUUCGGUUGACACAGACACAACUUUCACGCCAAUACCAGAAAAUGCUUCUGUCCUAAAUGAAGUGGAAAACAAUAAGCGAAAAGCUGAUUCAGAUAAACGCCGAAGACCGAAACGCAAACGAGCAACACCACCAUGCCCUGAAAGUCCCUCAGCAAACGGAAGAUCACCCACCAUAACCCCUGACAGUAGUUUCCAUCUGAGCUCAAGUCCAUUCCAGCAUGUACUACGCAUUCCCUUCAGCCCCCCUCUUCUGCCCUCUAGUGGUGGUUCACCACUACAAUUUAUCCAGACGAUCAGCCCUCUUACGCCACCUCUUAUAGGCACUGUGGUUCCAACAGGGCCUACGUAUGUAAUUGUGUCGCCCCAGUGUGUGAGUCCAGGCACUCAGAUAAUUCCUCUUUCACCUGCUGAUGGCACAGUUGCCCCGUUAGAGCUCACUGGUUCCAUGCUUCCAGUUGGCUCAUCCUCAGACAGCGCAUUCCCGGGUUUGCAAUCUGUAGACACUCCCUCCCCUACAAAAGGAAGCCCACAAAAAAACAACGAUUCCACACUUUCAAAAACUGAAAGGAAAACCCGCCCAGAGGCACCAGAAUGUGUUAAGGACUACAUCAAUCACAUGAAAUCCCACAUGAGUGAUGUCUGCUGCUCUAUGCGUGGAGGCAUGGGAAUGGAGUCCCACUAUGUGGAUAUGCAUCUGGUUCAAAGGAAACUCCUUAUCAAAUCCGGCAAGAAUGCAAACAAGUGUUUGGAGAAAGAACUGGUCGUCCUUAGUGAUUCAGAGCGAAGGAAAGCGAAGCUGGACAGAAGCCAGUUGUUUCAUAACAGUGAUUCCAAACCAAAACAGUCAGUUGCUCUCCUCGGAAAAGCCGGAGUGGGGAAAACCACGUUCAUUCAGCGUUUAUGCUUGGACUGGGCAAGUGGCAGCCUGCCUCAAUUUCAGUUUGUUUUUUUGUUGAACUGUAAAAUUUUAGACCUCACCCAAUCUAACUACAGCUUGAAAGCUUUACUGUUCGAUUUGUCCGUGUCUCCUCGCUGCGAGGACACAGACUCUGUGUUCAAACAUAUUCUGUCUUGUCCCGAUGAAGUUCUCAUUAUCUUUGACAGCUUUGAUCACAUCAAAGACUUUGAGGGGCUUCUCCAGUCCCCUGCUAAAUCACACACAAACACUAAAUACACCGUCAAACAGCUAUUUUCAGGUUUGUUCCAAAAGGAAAUCCUCUCAGGCUGCACGCUUCUCAUUGCCACGAGACCUAAAGACGUUUUAAAUCAGGUGCUUCGAAAAAUGGACAGCCUUUUGGAGCUUUGCGGCUUCUGUCCUGAGGACAUUGAGUUGUAUACGUCAAAAUAUUUCAGGGAUGCUUCCCUCCAAGAAAAUGCACUAAAACAGAUUAGGAAUCACAGGUACAUAUCCAGUUUAUGCUCCAACCCGCUGCUUUGCUGGACUACCUGCUUCCUGCUCGAGCAGCAAGACGGCUGCAGUGAUGAUUUGCCUUCAACUUUCACGGACUUGUGCCAAAGAGUGACCUCCAAGCAUCUGCAAGAGGCUAGCCUUGGAAUUAGCUCAUUGGGUAAAAACAGUAAACAGCUAGACAUCCCACAGCUGUGCAAAAUUGCAUGGGAGGGAUUCAAGAAUCAUGAUACACGCGUAAACCCAGGCAGUUCUACAGAAUUGCUGGACUGUUGUCUUAAAAGUGGCAUACUAACGUCCUACAAAAUAUCUGAGCAUCAGGAAAAUCAUUUUGCGGACCUUUUCACUCAGAAUCUCCUGAGCGCUGUGCACCUGGUACAGUCGAAACAGGUGAACGAAAAAAUGGUGGUGGCAAACAGCGUAGUCCAUCAGAAGAAACGAAAGAUUCAGGGAGAGUCGCAGGACGUGCUGCAGAGGUUUGUCACGGGCUUGAUCUUCCAGAAGCCUCCUGAUGGGCUCAGCAUCCUGGACAGCAGCAUCAACAUAAAAGCCAAAAGAAAGGCUGUCGAAACCCAUCUGGAGAGCAUGAAGCCUAAUGAUUUGGUUCCUGCCAGGUUACUAGAACUGUUUCAUUGUGUGUACGAGACCUGCAGUGCCAAAUUUGCCAAACUUCUGUUGAAGAACCUGCCUGAGCAUCUGUCGUUCUGUGGGACGCAACUUUGCCCGUCAGACGUGUACGUCAUAUGCCAUCUCCUUCAGCAUGCCAGCGGAUUGAAGCGGACCUUCUGCAUCAACCUGCAAGAUACAUGCAUUCCCAUCAGUGGCCUGAAAGAGCUUGUGGGACUCAAAUGUAUCAAAUCAUUCUGGGCACAUACAGCUGACACUAUUGGCUUAUGGGAGGACUUGCAUCAAAGCAAUGAUGAACUGAACCUGAAAAGUGCCAUUGAGAAGUUCACCUUGGAGCCAUUCAAGGCAACACAAGGGUAUCACGUAGAGAGCCUGCCCGUCCUUGUCCAAAUUCACAGAGAGAAGAAGUUACCAAUAAGUGAAUCUGUGUCUGCGCUGGAUGAAGGUGUACCAGCCCUUCGGCAUCUUAAGAGAGUGGAAUUUGAGCUUGGAGUGCAAAACGGUCCUGAACUUUUCCCCAAACUCGUAGAGGUUCUGCCUUCUCUGCAGUCUCUCCAGCAUCUAGACCUUGAGAAAAACCAAAUAGGAGACUCUGGAGCUGAGAAGCUUGCUGGCGUUUUACAUUUCCUGGAAUGUCUGAAAUUGCUAAAUCUGUCUCAGAACCACAUUGGAGAUGCCGGAGUGGAAAAACUGGCUAAAGCUUUGCCAUCAGUCCCUUCUCUACAGAGCCUCAGUCUCUAUGGAAAUGCAAUUGCUGACAGUGGAGCCGAACAUCUUGCUUUGGUUUUACCAAACAUGAACCUCCUACAGGAUCUGGAUGUAAAAUUCAACAAGUUCACAGACAUUGGAGCUACAAAGCUCAGCGCUGCUCUGAAAAACUGCACAGGAAUGAAGUCUCUGGAGCUUUGGAAUGACUGCAUUCCAUAUGGAGUUUUUGAACACCUCCGUCUUCAAGAUUCACGGAUAAGAUCACUUUAACGCACUUUUUAAAAUGGUCAUGUACUGGAUAUUGUUACAAGCACUGUUUUGGUUUUUUUUUACAAAAACAAAUUUCACCAUAAAAUUCAAAAUCUCAUCAACAUUUCGUCGUCUUAUAAUUAUAAAGUUCUAUCUGCAAUCUGAGCACCUUUGAGAUAUUGAGCUUCAAAGUUUUUGCAUCCUAUAAACUUUUGUAGAUAGAACCAUUUUUGUUUUCUAAAAAAAGGCCCAAAAUGUACACAUCUUACAAAAGAAACAUCACAUAAUGUAAAUAAGUUGCCACCAAAUAAGAUUAUGUGAAUAACUCAAUUUUGACAAAAAUGUCAGAUAGAACCUUAUUAUUCUAAGGUGACGAUGAGUCAACAAGGACACUAAACUGCUUUAAAAUGUUUCAGUUUCAGUGAGAUGACUUUGACUGAUAUCAUGACUGACUUGCACUUUCUGACACUUUUGUGCAUAUGCUUUUCCUCAGUACUAAAAGUACGUUUUAUACUGUAUUUUUUUAAACAAUAAAGACAUGUUUUAUGA